UUUUCUUCAGUUGGCAGUAGAAGAAUAGCUGUGUGUCAGACCUGUUUGGUGGGUUUAUAGCUAUAAGAACCACCUCCAACCUUGUAGUGUCUGACAGACUGGGAAGAAGGACAUCUAACCUGAAUCACACGUUUCACCUUCAACAGUGAUCAUGGCUAGCUGGUCCUUGUAUGUUUUUCUGCUGCUGUUGUCCUGUGAUGUGGCCUUUCUGAAGAAAAAGAAAACAGAAAAAAAAGAAAAUAUUCUCGCAAGAGGCUGGGGAGAUGACAUCACCUGGGUGGAGACCUAUGAGGAGGGUCUAAACAUGAUGAAGGAGAGUGACAAACCACUGAUGGUUAUUCAUCACUUGCUCGAGUGCCCAUAUAGUAAAGCUCUCAAAAAGGCUUUUGCUGAGAACAAAUCCAUCCAAAAAAUGGCUAAAGAAGAUUUCAUCAUGCUGAAUGUAGUGGAGGAAACAAGAGAUCCCAAUAUGGCUCCUGAUGGCUAUUAUGUCCCCAGAAUUCUUUUUGUUGAUCCCUCUAUGACCGUGCGUGCUGACAUCGCUGGGAAGUACAACAACCGCAAGUUUGCCUAUGAACCUGAGGACAUGGAUUUCUUGGAGAAGAACAUGGAAAAAGCCAAGAAGCCGUACCACACAGAGUUGUAGUGAGAUCAGGCAGACGAAGAGACGGACAAAGAGAUCUGAUACUGAAACUGCUUGUCAUCAAAGCAGACUUUUCAUGUGUCACAUGGAGAACGGCAUGGACACUGAGCUAUACACUAAAACACCAUCGAACAUGUUCAUGUGUAUCAGCUCCCAGUUGUAUUCUAGCUUGGAUCUGUUUCAUAAGAGUUACUGAAAUGUUAUUAUACUGACUAAUAAAAAUACUGACUAAUAAAAAUACUAAAAAAAAAAAAAAAAAAAAAAAAAAAAAAAAAAAAAAGAUUUCUAACCAUAUAAUAAUAAUGCCACUUUCUAUCUCCAUCCAUAUAUUCCAGCAUAUAUUUGUCAUCACCUCACAUUGGUCAGUUUUUAGAGUAUUUGAUGUAUAUGAAUGGAUUUUUUUAGUGUCUGGUUUAAAAUGAACCCACCAUGUAUUACUAAGUGUGUAAUACUUCACCCUGACCUGUAGAGGGCACUACACUGUUAUAUUUAUAUUUAUGGCACUUGUCAGAUGCCAAGAGCAACAUAUAAAAGUGAAUGAAUACACUGGUACAGGUUUACUAUGUUAUAGACUAAGAAAACCAUCAGAAUACAAAAUGCACUAUAAAGUUAAUCACCUUUAAAAUGU